AUGUUUUAUAAUUAUUUCAACAAUUACUACACAUUUCAACACAUAUUUUCAUUACUAUUGAUAAUAAUUUAUAUUUGUAAACAUGUUUAUAGUGACGUCCCAUUUGACGGACCUACCACUCAGCAAGGCAAAUAUAUUGAGGACAGGCAUAACAAAUGGUUGGCACUGACACCUGAGCAACGAAAAGAUCCCGAAAUAUUAGCUAAACUUUGCGGACCAUAUAAUCGUAGCAUUGAAUGUACGUCCGUUAUAGCACCGGCAGUCAGUGAACAAAUUAAUUGCGACACUAUAUGCUGUAAUCAGGGAUUUCUAACCGGGUUUUGUACGUCUGCACUCGAGGAACAUGUUGUUAUACUGAGACCCCUGUCCCCGGAUUGGCAUUACGCCGGUCACACACAUCCCAUCAGAUUGUCGGCUAUUUGUGAAUGUACUGACAGUUGGGCUGACGCCUCGUGUGGUACCGACGGGUCAUUUAUGGGAAUACGAUGUCCCGACCGGAGUGCCUGUAAACGGCACUGUUGUCGCAAUAAGUUUAAUACCAGUGACUGUAUUGGAGUGCAUCGAUUGCAUUGUGAUUGUAGUAAUAAAUAA